UGCAAACAGUAAAGAGCGUGCAUGAGCAUGAGUAGGAGAAAGCGGGUUUACAACUGCACUGAAGGGUUGAAAACAGGGCGUGGGUUGUUGAACUAAAGAAAACAAAAUCUCUGGUUUCUGGCAUGCAUUCACCACCCAUGGCCACCAUCAAAGAAGACACCUACUUCACCUCCGACCUCAAAGCCUCGGAGAAGAAGGCCCUGCAAGACCUCAAGGACAAGCUCCGCGCGGCCGCCCCAUCGCCCCCUCCCAUGUGGGACAUCCACUUACUCAGCGGCCACGACAGGGCCGACGUCCUCCUCCUCAAGUUCCUCCGCGCGCGCGACUUCCGCCCGGACGACGCCCUCGCCAUGCUCCUCAGCUGCCUGGCCUGGCGAGCCCAGUUCGGCGCGGAGGAGGCUGCGGCGGAGGCGAAGGCGGAGAUGGAGGAGGUGGAGGGCGUGGUGGCGUACACGCGGGGGUGGGACAGAGAGGGGAGGCCCGUGUGCUACAACGCGUACGGGGUGUUCAAGGAGAGGGAGAUGUACGAGAGGGUCUUGGGGGACGAGGAGAAGCUCAAGAGGUUUCUCCGCUGGAGGGUUGGGGUUCUUGAGAGAGGCAUCAAGAUGCUGCAUUUUAAGCCUGGUGGUGUUAACUCUCUCCUUCAGGUUACGGAUCUUAAGGACAUGCCCAAGAGAGAACUUAGGCUCCUUUCUAACCACAUUUUGUCCUUGUUCCAGGAUAACUAUCCCGAAAUGGUCGCUCGUAAGAUUUUCAUCAAUGUGCCAUGGUACUUCAGCGUGUUGUAUUCAAUGUUUAGUCCGUUUCUUACCCAAAGAACUAAGAGCAAGUUUGUGAUCUCUAAGGAAGGAAAUGCUGCAGAGACACUCUACAAAUUUAUAAGGCCCGAGAAUAUUCCUGUUCGGUAUGGUGGAUUGAGUCGACCCAGCGAUUUGGAGAAUGGUCCCCCAAAACCUGCUUCUGAGUUCACAGUUAAAGGGGGAGAGAAAGUGAACAUACAAAUAGAAGGAAUUGAGAGUGGUGCAACAAUCACAUGGGACAUUGUGGUAGGAGGCUGGGACUUGGAAUACAGUGCUGAGUUUAUCCCAAUUGCACAAGGUAGCUACACCUUAGCAGUUGAUAAGGCAAGAAAGAUUGAGGCCUCAGAAGAAGCUAUCCAUAACUCUUUCACAUCAAAAGAACCUGGCAAAAUGGUACUCUCUGUUGAUAACUCUACUUCAAGGAAGAAAAAAGUUGCUGCAUAUCGCUAUGUUGUGCACAAAUGCACCACACCAUCUGAGGUGCAAUUAAGCCCCAAAUAACUGUAGCAACUGUAUCAAAGUUAAUUAUAAGUAUUGUAUUAGUAUAAUAACAAAAAUGAGAAGAACCGUGCUAGUGCAUGAUGAAUUGGUACAUAAGAAAAAGCAAGUGGCUUUGCUUUGCUUAUACCAUUUUACUAUUUUGGCGCAAUGGUGAUGACUUUUGUCAAAGGGUGUUGACAUUUAGUAGCAUUCAUGUGUAGGAAUAGGAAAAUGGCUUAGUUUUGUUUCUGAAGAGAAGUGAAUUGAGUGGGGAUAGAGUUUACCUGCUUUGGAGGGAUUUUAUUUGAUGUGAAGUAUGGUCCAUGCAAGAUGAACGGUGGUGAUGAAAGGCCAAUUAAGAGUUCACGGGCAUGGGAAGUUGAAAUUGAAUGGUGGAGCAUCUUUCCUUGUCUAAUGCAUAUUGAUGUUGAUGUCUGCAUUCUGCUAUGUUUUGAUGAAUGAAUGUUCAUCCUUUUUUUUGUUUCCCGGAGUGACCAAAAUUGAAAUAGUACAGGUUUUAUUUUCUU